UACGGAAGUUAGUACAGAAUUAGUUGUCAAUAUCGCUGUAGUAUUAGUAUUUGUUUCUCGUACUUAAAAAUAUAUUGCCUUCCGCCCGCAAUACGAAUAAGAGAAAAAAGUUCUGUUUUCAGUCGCCGGCAAAUUGAAACUACAGUGCAGUAUUGAAACAGCUUUUAUUAUUACCAGCAUAAAACCGUAAGAAAUAUCUGUAAAUUAUGUCUACUGAACGUGAAGACUUGGUGUAUAAGGCUAAGUUAGCCGAACAAGCAGAAAGAUAUGACGAAAUGGUGGAGUCCAUGCAAGCAGUUGCAAAGCUUGGAGUUGAACUUUCAGUUGAAGAGCGGAACUUACUUUCCGUUGCUUACAAGAAUGUCAUCGGGGCUCGACGCGCCUCGUGGAGGAUCAUCAGCAGCAUCGAACAGAAGGAAGAUGACAAACAAAAAUCUAAUGAAAUGACCCAAAACUACAAGAAACAGGUGGAAAAAGAACUGAACGAAAUCUGUAAUGCAAUUUUAUCUCUCAUUGACCAACAUCUUAUCCCAAAUGCUGGCCAAGCCAACGAAUCCAAAGUAUUUUACCACAAAAUGCAGGGAGAUUAUCACAGGUAUUUGGCUGAGUUUGAGUCUGGUGACCAGAGGAAGGAAGCUGCUGAGCAAAGUUUGCUUGCGUACAAAGCUGCAAGUGAUGUAGCAGCAGAUAACCUUCCACCAACACACCCUAUUCGCCUUGGUUUGGCUCUCAACUUCUCCGUGUUCUAUUAUGAAAUCCUUAACUCAAGCGAUAGAGCGUGUAAGUUGGCAAAGAAAGCCUUUGACGAUGCCAUUGCUGAGUUAGAUACGCUGUCAGAGGAAUCAUACAAGGAUUCAACUUUGAUCAUGCAGUUAUUGCGUGAUAACCUUACAUUGUGGACCUCUGACAUGCAGGGAGGAGAAGAAAAUACACAAGCUCAAAUUGAAGACAUUGAGGGAAAUGCAAAUGAUGAGCCUUAAACAUGAACAAGUUAACAAGCUUGUCUUGGCAACACAGAAAACUGUAUAACCAAAUUACUCCUAAUUCAAAAUCACGUGUCUAUAUUUUGAAGAGUAAUUUACCCGCGGAUUCAUAACGUUUCUAUUCUUUCCAGCAAUUGUACUGUCUUGAAUGUGAAUGCUUUUUCAGUGUGAAAUAAUUGAUGUAUUUUUGUCAUACGUUCUAGUAAUGUUGCCAUAGUAUUUAAAAUGAAACUGAACUCACAACGUUUUUGGUGCACAGCAUUUUUAGUUGUCAUAAUUUCCAAACAUUUUAUGUUUUAUUACCAAACAUAUGUUAACAUUGCUUUAAACUUAGAUGUUUAUGUGUGUAUAUAUAACUUGUGUUAGUUGCCUAAAAGUACAUCUUAACACAUUAA